UGUGACCUUCAGGGCGGGAAGGGAACCCCGGGACCCAAAGGAGAUGACGGAGAGCCUGGAAACCCCGGCCUGGACAACGACUCCCCAGGACUCCCAGGGAACAAAGGAGCCAAAGGUCACCGAGGACCUGAAGGAAACCCGGGACCAGUUGGACCUCCCGGACCUGCAGGAGUUGAUGAUUGUGAGAUUCUGGAUAUCAUCAUGAAGCUUUGCUCGUGCUGUGAGUGUAAGUGUGGGCCCCUGGACCUGGCCUUCAUCGUGGACAGUUCUGAGAGUAUCGGCUCCACUAACUUCGCUCUAGCUAAAGACUUCAUCAUCACCGUCAUAGACCGCCUUAUUAAGGACCAGCAAGUCCAUUUUGGUUUUAAUGACUCCAGGGUGGGCGUGGUGCAGUACAGUGGGGAUGGAGCCCAGGAGGCUGUCAGGCUGGGAGACCCCAACAUUAACACACUCACUGAGCUCAAACAGGCGGUGCGGGACCUGCGCUGGCUGGCCGAGGCCACCUAUACAGGGGAGGCUCUGCAGUUCUCUCUGACCAACAUGAUUGACCGUCUGCAGCAGGAGAACCGCGUGGUCCUAGUGCUCACCGACGGACGCUCUGAUAUCACCAGAGAUAAAACACCGCUCAACACGCUCUGUGGGAAGGGCAUCAAGGUGGGUGGUCUGGGAGUGAAGGACUACUCUGGCCGUCAGCCCAACCAUGAACAGCUCAGUGAUGUGGUCUGUAAGAGCGACCCUAAACCAGGCUUCUCCUUCGUACUGGAGAACUUCGCUGAGCUGCUGGAUGACUCCUUUCUACAGAACCUCACCACACGCAUCUGUGAAGAUAAGAAGUGUCCCAACUACAAAUGUCCCAUCUCGUUCUCAGGGGACACAGACAUCGUGUUGAUGAUGGACAGUUCAGCCAGUGUGGGACAGAGGAACUUUGACUCCAGCAAGACCUUCGUCAAGCGUCUGGCUGAGCGCUUCCUGUCUGCCGAGAGGUCCGGCCGCGCUGCCGUGCGUGUCGCCGUGGGCCAGUACAGCCGCGAACGCCGCAUGGAGGCGGAGCUGACCUCUAACCUCACCGUGCUGACCAGUAAGAUCGAUGCCGCCACCUUCCAGAACGACGGUACUGACGUUACCAAGGCGAUGGCCUUCGCCAUGGAGCAAUUCAAGACAUCAGGGGGCGGGAACAGGAAGAAGAAGCUGGUACUGUUCUCGGACGGGAGGUCGCAGGGCGUUACCGAGGCGAUGUUGGAGAAGCGCGUGCGGCUGGUGUCGGAGGCGGGAGUGGAGCUGUACGUUAUCACCGUGGGCAACCAGGUGAGCGAGGCCAACCUGCGCUCGCUGGUCAGCAGGGGGAGGAGUUACGAUGUCACCUAUGCCCAGCGCCACCUGUUCCGCGUCCCAGACUACCCAUCUCUGCUGCGUGGCGUGUUCUACCAGACCGUGUCCCGCAGGGUCUCUCAGGCCUGAGUUCAGGGGCAAGGGCUGGGACCACAUGCUUUAGAGUUUAGUCUCCCUCAUUAUGAAUGUCCAUUCGUACUUCGUCGCUCAUUUACUAUCACUGUGUUUUAGUUGUGUUUUUAUGUCCGAUAAUGACAGAAGACGAUUGUGUGUCAGACUGUGUAAGAGAUUGUGUUACACUGUGUUCAUGUGCUCUCUGGAUUAUCAGGACCUAACCAACCGGGAAAUUUCAGAAAAACUCCCAUAACAGAAACUAGUUUCAGAUGUCUAAAACAGUUUGUUAUGAGCUUCUAAGUUGUAAAUCCUUCCAGUCAGACUGUUCCCAGUUCCAUAAUUCCCAGUCAGACUGUUCCCAGUUCCAUAAUUCCCAGUCAGACUGUUCCCAGUUCCAUAAUUCCCAGUCAGACUGUUCCCAGUUCCAUAAUUCCAAGCAGCACAUGAACACAGCAUUAAACAGAACGGUGUACUGUAAAAUAAUGUUUUUUUUUUUGUGUGUUUUUUUUUUAAACAAACUUAUUUUAUGUUGUUUGUAGAUCAGAGACAGAACAGGAUAUGACAUCACUCCAUAUGUUUUAAACAUCAAAGUUAAACAUUAAACAUCCUCUAGACAACCUUGUCCAAAUGAAGAUACUGAACAGCUGGACACAGACAAUAUGUGUGUGUUUAGGGGAAUGGUCUCUAAUGUCCAGCAUAUCAUGUAGGAUUUUCUCUAUAAACAGUAUGUCUGGGUUCACUUGUUCAGAUGAUGACAGACACACACACACACACACACACUCCUCUCUGUAUCAGCCUCAUUAACCCUUGAAGGCCACCAACCGUCAACAUUGUUUUGGCCGGAUUAUUCAGUCCUUCGACGUUCCAGGUAACAGAUUGUGUGUGUGUUGUCAGCAGGAAAUUCCCUCUAUGUAAUAAAUCAUUAAUCCUUGGUGCUAUCGUUCAGAGCAAGUGUCUCAGAGUCAGAUGACCUCUGUAGCAGUAGACAGACUGAUGUCUUGACCUGGAAGAAAACCUGCCGCCAGACAUUUUGUUUGGACCAAGCAAGCUGCUUCAUUAAAUGCCGCUUCACCCCCAA